CCCUGACCUCAUCAGCAGUUCCAUAGGAGCCGCUGGCCUCGACUACACUCGCAAGAGGAAAGGGAGCACCACAGACUACCAAGAGAAGACCUGCUGUAGACAUCAGAGGGGCAAUGAGGAGCUGCUGACCUGCUAGAGAUCUGAAGAGAACCCAGAGAACCGCUAAAGAACCCCAGAAGACUGAAAUGCACUCAUGAAUAUCUGUGACGACCUGAUGGCUGACCAGAGAAUGGACAUCUCCUCCACCAUGAGUGACUUCAUGUCUCCAGGCAACCCUGACCUCAUCAGCAGUUCCAUAGGAGCCGCUGGCCUCGACUACACUCGCAAGAGGAAAGGGAGCACCACAGACUACCAAUUUGAUGGCUUUUCUUUUGAUGACAGUAUGGAGACAGACAAUGACAAUCAGCUGUGCAGUACUGAUCAACAAGGCCGCAUCAAGAAUGCAAGGGAGGCCCAUAGUCAGAUUGAGAAGCGGCGCCGUGAUAAGAUGAACUGCUUCAUAGACGAGCUGGCGGCUCUGGUGCCCACCUGCAAUGCCAUGAGCCGCAAGCUGGACAAACUCACCGUGCUCCGCAUGGCUGUGCAGCACAUGAAGACACUACGAGGUGCUGCUAACCCUUACACUGAGGCCAACUACAAACCUGCGUUCCUGUCUGAUGAUGAGUUGAAGCAACUCAUACUGAAGGCAACGGACGGCUUUCUUUUCGUUGUGGGGUGUGAUCGGGGGAAGAUUCUUUUCGUCUCGGAAUCUGUUUAUAAAAUCCUCAACUACAGCCAGAAUGAUCUGAUUGGCCAGAGCCUGUUUGAUUACCUGCACCCUAAAGACAUUGCCAAAGUGAAGGAGCAGCUCUCGUCCUCGGACACCGCCCCUCGGGAGCGACUCAUUGAUGCCAAGACUGGUCUCCCUGUGAGGACCGAUGUGGCUCCGGGUCCGUCCCGACUGUGUGCCGGAGCACGGCGCUCCUUCUUCUGCAGGAUGAAGUGUAACAGACCCCUCAUCAAGAUGGAGGACAAGGACUUCAGCUCCACCUGCUCCAAGAAGAAAGCGGACCGCAAGAGCUUCUGCACCAUCCACAGCACAGGCUACCUGAAGAGCUGGCCGCCCACGAAGAUGGGCGUGGAGGAGGAGGAGCCGGACAGCGAGGGCUGCAACCUGAGCUGCCUGGUGGCCAUCGGACGCCUGCACCCGCACAUCCAGCUCCCGCCCGCACACACACACAUCCGCGUCAAGCCCACCGAGUACGUCUCGCGCCACGCCAUCGACGGCAAGUUCGUCUUCGUAGACCAGAGGGCCACUGCCAUCCUGGCCUACCUGCCUCAGGAGCUGCUGGGCACCUCCUUCUACGAGUAUUUCCACCAGGACGACAUCGGACACCUGGCCGAGUGCCACAGGCAAGUGCUACAGAUGCGUGAGAAGAUCACCACCAACUGCUACAAGUUGAAGAUCAAAGAUGGCUCCUUCAUCACGCUGCGCAGUCGCUGGUUCAGCUUCAUGAACCCCUGGACCAAAGAGGUGGAGUACAUCGUCUCCACCAACACCGUCGUCUCGGUUACUGUGGCAGAGGGAGGGGACCCAAGCUACCCCCAGCUAUCAGCCUCGCCCCAGAGCAUGGACAGCAUGCUGACACCAGGAGACGGUAGGCGGGCGCUGCAGACGGUACCCGGUAUCCCCGGUGGCACACGGGCGGGAGCUGGGAAGAUCGGCCGCAUGAUCGCAGAGGAAGUCAUGGAGAUCCAGAGGAUCCGAGGCUCCUCCCCCUCCAGCUGUGGGUCCAGCCCCCUGAACAUGACCAACAGCACACCACCCCCCGACACACACUCACCUGGGGGAAAGAAGAUCCAAAAUGGCGGCACUCCUGACACUCCAUCUGCAGGUCUCGUUUCAGGGCCAGACUCCAUAGGAUACCCCUACUCCAACAACUCCCUCCUGAGUGACAGCUCUCACGUGGGUAUUGACAUCAUGGACGAGCCGGGCUCCAGUAGCCCCAGUAACGACGAGGCAGCUAUGGCCGUCAUCAUGAGCUUACUGGAGGCUGACGCAGGACUCGGAGGACCAGUGGACUUCAGCGACCUGCCUUGGCCUCUCUGAACACACACACACACACACUCACACACACACACACACACAAAUGAAAGGCUGUCAGUCAGAAUCAUAGAAAAGUCUGACUGAAGAUUCACCUGCUGUCUCUCACACAUUCUCACACACACACUACAAAAUACAUAAACACACUCACACGUUAAAAUACACAUACACGCACAUGCUAAAACAUACACAGAAACAUAAACACACACACACACACACACACACACACACACAGCAACUUCUCCAGUCACAUCUCACACACCUCAGCAAAAUAGGAAGAACUUUUUGUACUUUUUUGUACUGUACUCUGAAGGUUAUUUAGCUGAAGGAGGUGUGUGUGUGUGUGUGCGCUACAGGAGGUGUGUACUGUACUCUAAAUGUUAUGUAGCUAGAGGAGAGGUAGGUGUGUGUGUGUGUGUGCUAGAGGAGGUGUGUAUUCUGAGACGCUUGGCAUUGUAAAUCUGCUUAUUCCAUGAUAUGUCUCCUUUUCUGACUAUAUGUGAGAAGUGUACUGUAUGGCGUUAGCUUAUUUUUAAAAUAAAAAAAUAAAUCUUU